AUGAUGGUUGGCGUACAUUUCGAAGACCUAUUAGGGAGUCUUAUAUUCAAUUUCUACUUAAAUAUCGAUGAGUGUAACGAUGGAAGCCAUGACUGUCACUUUGCGGCCGAUUGUACAAACACCGCUGGAUCAUUCGACUGCAGCUGUCAGUCUGGACACCUUGGAGAUGGACGACACUUUUGCUCAGAUAACUGGAAAAAGGUCAACAUCGAUCCUGUCUGCUUUGGGACAAAAGAUGACGACCACGGAACUUUUCAUAUCCAAGAAGCCGGUCAAAUCUACACAUUUAAACUUGUCCAUACAAGUGGCUCCGUGACAUGCGUAUCCAUUUUAGCAAUAUCAACAAAGUGGGGAUGCUCAUUGCCAAUUUACGGAAAUCACAACAUAAUGACGGUGAUAACUUACAGCAACAAAACAGUUCUCCCGCUUACUGAGUUCUUGAAAGGCAACGACAGCACAUACUAUACUUACCAACUUGACGGUGCCGAUUUCAACUCCGCAACACUAGUGUUCAAGCUCCUCCCCACCCCACUGGUUGUAUUGGUUGGUCAGCAGUUCCAAUUAUGGUAUGCGCAUGACUUGGUUAAUUAUACUGAGUAUAAUAACGAUGGUAAGACAUGCGCAGACGUUUAUGCUCUGUACAAUUUACACGGUUAA